UAAAGUGAAAUUUUUUGGAUAUUUCGCCGAGAAAAAUGGCUGACCGCGAUAGUGCAUCAGAGAGUGACUCAAGCUCGAUCGACGGGGGACCUAUUAUGAUGCCUCCGUCGCCGGUGACCCGGGAGCAGCUGCAGAAGAGGAUCGAAUCUCUGCAGCAGCAUAACCGGGUCCUCAAGGUCGAGCUCGAGACGUACAAGCUGAGAGUGAAGGCUCUUCAAGAAGAGAACCGUGGUCUUCGCCAAGCCUCUGUCAUCAUCCAAGCCAAAGCUGAGCAGGAGGAAGAAUUCAUUAGUAACACAUUGCUGAAGAAAAUACAAGCUCUAAAGAAAGAGAAGGAAACCUUGGCACACCAUUACGAACAAGAGGAAGAAUGUCUGACGAACGAUUUGUCAAGAAAGUUGAAUCAAUUGCGCCAAGAAAAAUGCCGGCUCGAGCAAACAUUGGAACAAGAGCAGGAAUGUCUCGUGAACAAGCUCAUGCGAAAGAUAGAAAAGCUAGAGGCGGAAACAUUAGCAAAGCAGAGCAAUUUGGAGCAGUUGCGUCGGGAGAAAGUAGAAUUGGAGAAUACACUUGAACAGGAACAAGAAGCUCUUGUCAACAAGCUAUGGAAAAGAAUGGAUAAGCUCGAAGCAGAAAAAAGAAUGCUUCAGAUUAAAUUAGAUCAACCUGUGUCCGAUCCGACUUCACCCAGGGAAAUUAACAAUGGAGACACUGCUACGAAUUUGAGCACUCAUAUUCAAACAUUGAGAAGCGAAGUAGCAAGACUUAGGCACACUCUAUUGAUGUCUCAACAAGAACAUACGGUCAAGAUGCAGCGAUACGUUAACGAGGAGAAGCAAAUUCGCGAAGAGAAUCUGAGGCUCCAGAGGAAGUUGCAGCUCGAGGUAGAAAGACGAGAAGCCCUUUGCAGACAUCUUUCCGAAUCAGAAUCCAGCUUGGAAAUGGAAGAAGAGCGCCACUACAAUGAAAUUGUGAUGUCCGGAGGCAACAUCCGAAAUCGUACUGUCUCAAGUCCAGUGCCCUACAAUCCUUCGCCCAGUUCCUCCAGGCCUCUGAGUCCAGGUAUUAACGUAGUAGGUUCCUCAUCACGAGAAAGUUUCAAUGCCAAUCGUUGUUACGCCUGUGGACAGCCGACAACUUUACCGUUUUCCAGUUCGUCUCCUCCUUCAGGGGGUCACAUUGUAGCACCAUCCGGAAGGCGUACAUCGGAUAGAUUCGUUAAACCAGCAAUCCCACCGACUAUCGUGAGUCCUGGUGGACAUCCAUUGGCAACCCCAUCGACGAAUUCAUUAGGCGGAUCACCCAUGGAUAUCGCCAAGACAUAAACUAACGGAACGACUGGAAUUCUGUGAACCGAAUUUUUUUUCACUUUAUAAUGUAUUGUUACAACGUACUUCUCUCUUUUUUUUUUUUUCAUUAAUUGGUGCAACUCACGCUACCUACUAAUGCUACUAUCAUAUUGCAACGACGUAAAUCCGGUACUACGUGAGCUCGUGCCAAUAGGCGUUACGAUAUUACACGAUUAGCUAUCGAUUGCGAGCCACUUAAACUCUAUGGAAAUAUUUUCAGUGUAUUAUUAAUAAGCAAGUACUAUGUGCGUUGCAGCUUAUGGUUACUGAACUAUGUAUUGAGUCGCUUACGAUAUUCUAUAUGGUAAUACGAUGUAAAGGCAGUAUUUAUAACAGUUCGAAAUCAGCCGUUUCAACUAAAUUCCUUAUAUUCUUAUUUUGCCUUCUUGCGUCUCUGUCUUUUUCAUUGAUUUUAUCUAUAAUUUGUUAUUCGAAAUUGCUCUCGUUCGAGACUUAAGCCUAACACUUUUCGGCAAAAGAGAAGCAUACGAGAGAAAUUCGGCGCACAUUGUAUUUGUUAUCUUUUUUUUUUAAAUUUCCUUUACGUUAUCAUAGCUCGGAUACGUAACAAUUGCAUAUUGCUGUGAGAGCGUAUAGUUGUGGUAAUUGUAAGCUCGCCUGAUUCGUCCGAGUAAUUAAAACUCUGUUUACCGAUUCGCAGUCAAGAUAUGUGACUUCGAGGAUCUAAUUUUGUUCGAUUUGACGUUAGGAUUUAUGAGAACUUAACGUUUAUGCAGCUUGGAUGACGUAUCGGUGCUAGGAUAUAUAUAUAUAUUUAAAAGAAAAAAAAAAAGAAACUUGCAGCGUACGCUACGUUACUUACAACCCCACGAGUGAUAGAGAGACUAAGAUUUGAAAACCCAGGGAAAAAGCAAAAAAAAAAAGAAUGUCUCGAAACACAAUAUUUUAAGCAUGUCUCAAAUACGUUAACACUCGCUAUAAACUGUUACUAGGAUAACGAAGUAAUGUUCUUGUCGAACUUAAUUGUAUUAAUUUAAUAAUGUUGUAAGCACCGAAUGAAAGGGAGAAGGUGGAGGAGAUGGCUGAUUUUUGGGUAAUCGAUAUCGUCAAAAUAUGUUCGUUGGAACAAAAAAUUGUUGUCUCACGAUUCUUAGGGUAUAUUAUUCUUAGCGAAAAUUCUACAGCAACCCAGUUGUUGAGGGGGAUUAUCCAAAUGAAAUUAUCAUUUCAUGUUAAUUGAAUCGUCACAGUAUUUCAAGGGUUAGUAAGAUUGAAAUGGUAACUGAUAUCUAAAAAAAGAUACCGAUCGACAAAAAUCGUAUGCGCUAAAAAAUCAGCCAAGGCUACUAGAAACGUAAGAUGCUGUUAAAUGUCUGUAAUAGUCCUGAUUACUGCGAGUAGAUACUAGAGCUCUAAAGUGUCACGUGAUGGUACAUUUUCAAAAAGACAUUUAACCCUGACAAGCUAAUGUUCCUCUUUAAUUGAUUGCUUUUCAGAAAGUAACCCAAUUUGUCGUUAUACAGUGCGAUUAUAAAGCACUACGUUCCGUCACGCCUAUUGAUAACAGGGGAUGCAAUUGAAUCGCUUGUCAAUGCAAAAAAAUUGCGCAAAUACAGUAAAAAUGAAAUCUGAAUGACGCAAAUGUAUUGCAUCUUCUUGUACUUUUAGCAUAGGUCUCACUUUUGUGCAUAGGUGAUGGAAGAAUGAAAAGCAUCGUUUGGUUGUAUCACAUUUUAUGAUAAUUUACCCAUUAUUGUUGGUGCUUAGGACUAAUGAAAUUGCAUACGAUUCUUUCUCUCUAUUAUUUUUUUUGUACGAUGCGUUAUAAGCGGGAUUACGCAUGUAUUGCGCGUGAAACCUUGACAAGCAGAUAAUGAGGAUUAAGAAUUAAAUGGUUAUUGGAUUUUUAUGAGUCUGCAUGAGCCAGUGUCAACGUUUUGCGCGCUUUACUUGUGGUAAUAUUGGAUCUGACACGUAGGACUAUGUAAAAGAUUGUUACAAGGGGUAGAAGAUACGAUGAGCGCCAGUGGUGUAAGACAGAUAUAUGAAAAAUGAUUAAACACUCAUGCAGCAACUAGAUAAAAUAAUUAAAUUGAUAACGAUAAUAAAAAAAAGACUUACACCACUUGUGCCUCGAUUUUUUUUGUCAAGUGGAUGUUUCAUUAUAUUAAUACCUGGCUAUGCGUUGCUUACUUUGUUUGUACGAAACAGCACAGAGGUACGAAAGGGACAUAAAUAAUACAGAUUUUUGUUACAACACAAUAUUACUUAUUGAUAAUUAUAAUUAUUAUAUGCAAAUAUGUUUCUCAAGUAUAUAUUAUGUAUUUUACUCAUUAUUAUGCUUUUACGAAAUACACCCACUUUUUUGCUAUUA